AUGGCUGAACAGCAGGAUUUCCCGGUCCUCUUCACGGUGGAGGGGACGAACAGGCAUGAAGUCCUCCUCGUCCAGCCCUCGGACACCUUGGACAAGCUCAAAGAGAGCAUGCAGUCCCUGCUCGCCUCUUCUCCGAACCUAGCAGAGUUCAUGGGCAAGUACCGCAACAAGGAGCUCAAAGACGUGGUCAAGGACGUCACGGUCAGGUGGGCGAGCGAGGGGCGGGAUAAGCAGCUCUUCCCGCGCGAGACGGUGCUGACGAAGGAGAACUGCGCGCCGGUGUUGCGGAUGAUGGCGGUGGGGGUGGGGAAGGAUGUUUUUGAUGUUAAAUUGAUGCCGGCGAAGGCGGAGGGGGGGAAGUAG